UGGCAGUUUUCCUUAAACUAUUUAGUUCCUCAUCUGUUGCUUUUUCAUAUUGUAUACUGCAAAUUCCCAGGCAACUCAAAUUUGCAAACACAGCUAUGGAUACACUAUUUACCUUACAGUAGUUACCUGGGAAUCCAAGUCUCUGGUUUUUGUUAUUCUUUCCUCCCCUCUGUUGUGUAAUCAUAUAUAACAAGCAACACUUACGGUAGGUUGAUUUCCUAAGUGUGGCUGAUGGUAGCCUCUAGUUUGAAGUGAGGGAAGAAUGAGUAGUCAGGAACUGGUCACUUUGAAUGUGGGAGGAAAGACAAUAUUCACAAAAAGGUUUUCUACGAUAAAGCAGUUUCCUUCUCGGUUGGCAUGCAUGUUAGAUGGCAGAGACCAAGAAUUCAAGAUGGUUGGUGGCCAGAUUUUUGUAAACAGAGAUGGUGUUUUAUUUAGUUUCAUCUUAGAUUUUCUGAGAACUCACCAGCUUUUAUUACCCAGUAACUUUUCAGACUAUCUUAGGCUUCAGAGAGAGGCUCUUUUCUAUGAACUUCAUUCUCUGGUUGAUCUCUUAAACCCGUAUCUGCUACAGCCAAGACCUGCUCUUGUGGAGGUGCACUUCCUAAGCCAGAACACUCAAGAUUUUUUCAGAGUGUUAGGCUCUUGCAGCAAAACAAUUGAGAUGCUAACUGGGAGGAUUACAAUGUUUACAGAACAACCUUCAGCACCAACCUGGAGUAGUAACUCUUUCCCUCCUCAGAUGACCUUACUUCCACUGCCUCCACAAAGACCUUUCCAUGACCUGGUUUUCCAGUGCAGAUCUGACAGCACUACUGAUAACCAAACUGGAGUCAGGUAUUUUGCACUUUGCAGUAUCUCUCUUGUGUAUCAGUUUGUGAUGUUUCCCUCAACAUUUGAAGUUUCUCAGGCCUGCAACUUCUCCUGUAAAAGAUGAUUAUUCAAAAUCACGUUUUGGGGUAACCAGUGGAGUUGGAAAUGACCAAAUAAUUAUUUUCCAAACUGGGAUACGUUUUAGAAUGAAAGGGGCUAUUGGGUGGAACAAAAGGAAUAAAUGAAGACUGCCUAGAAAAAACUGGGACUAUGGACAUUCAAAUCAUGGGAGAAAAUAAUUUUAUAGAUUAUGUUCCAUUGCUAAUGAAUUGGACUUAGAAAAGAAUUGCCUUAUUUUUAAGAGAUUCUUUCAGUGGUUCACAUAAAGUAAAGGUUCGCUCACUGGUUUCUCUUGAUUUCUUACACAGUAUAUAAUUUGUUCUUUCAGUUCUUAUGAUUCAACUACUGUUUUUUCUUCAGCUGACUUUAUUUUUCAACACCCUUAAAGACAGAUAUAUCUCAUGGCAAAUUUGGUAUCCUGUUACAGCCUUGGCUCUUAAACUACUCAAAAUAUUGGGAUAGGCUGUCAGUAUGUUAAGGAUAGUUGCUCCUGAGUUAAUUCUUUACUUUCUCCCUCUAUUGUUCUUGGCUGGAUCCUAAGGCUGAUUUCCACUCUGCUGUCACAAACAUUUCUUCCCCCUGUAAAAUGUCUUAAUGCUGUCCUACCAUUAUUUUACCAACUGUGAAAGCUGGCUUUAAUUUUUAGGAGGAAAAGAAAAUCCUGCAUGUGUUCUUUAUUGGUAGCAUUUAAAAUAUACUUUUUUUUGGGUAAAGGUAGCCAUAUUUUAAGAUAUUUUCUUAACUUCAGCAGUAGCCAACAGAAAAGACACCAGUGUCUCUCUUAACAACACAUCCUUUGGUCUUGCUUACCAACUGG